ACCAGCGGUUUUCGUUUUCAAGACGAAAGAAAAAAUUCGCCUUUGUCGCUUGUGUCACUUCACUUUCACUACGUCCUCCAGAAGUAAAUAUGAAAAGGCAUCGAUACUUUUUUUGUUAAUUAUUAUUAAUUAAGUGAGCCAAUUUAAUUUCGAACAAAAAAAAACCCUACAAAAACCAAAAACAACAAAACCUUAACAUAACAUAUCCCCUCCAAGACAUAAAACAUAAAAACCAAAUGGGUAACUACGACAGGAAGAAGAGCACACCCUGCACUGAUUGCAUGCGUUGCCUCAAGUGGAUUCCAGUAAUAUUUAUAGUUGCGAUCAUCGUCUGGUCAUACUACGCCUAUGUUGUUCAACUAUGCUUACUUUCAAUCGAUAGCACUGUGCAAAAGAUUAUUUUCAUUGCUUUGUAUCAUAUUGUUUGUGUGCUGUUCUUCUGGUCCUACUGGAAUACAAUUUUCACUCCUGUUGGCACAGUUCCUCAUAAAUGGCGUAUACCAGAAAGUGAAAUUGAUCGACUAUUUCGUGCAGAGAAUCAAGAACAACAAAAAAGAGUAUUAGAGAAUUUCGCUAAAGACCUGCCGGUGUCUAAUCGAACUCUUCACGGCGCCGUGAGGUUUUGUGAAAAAUGUCAAAUUAUAAAACCUGACCGAGCACAUCACUGCAGCGUUUGCGGUACAUGUGUUCUAAAAAUGGACCACCACUGUCCCUGGGUUAACAACUGUGUGAACUUUAAGAAUUAUAAAUUCUUUGUUCUGUUCCUGGGAUAUGCCUUGCUCUACUGUUUAUAUGUAGCGCUAACAUCUCUAGAGUACUUUAUCAAGUUCUGGCGGGGUGAGCUUAACGGUGGAAUGGGACGAUUCCAUAUACUAUUCCUAUUUUUUGUAUCUCUAAUGUUUGCUAUAAGCUUAGUCAGUUUGUUUGGCUAUCAUAUAUAUUUAGUUCUAGUCAAUAGAACGACUUUAGAAGCAUUUAGGGCACCCGUGUUUCGUAUAGGUGGACCGGACAAAAAUGGAUUUAACUUAGGAAAAUAUGCAAAUUUUCAAGAAGUCUUUGGUGACAACUGGAAGCUUUGGCUGAUUCCCGUUUAUACUAGUUUGGGUGAUGGUUUAAUAUACCCGACUCAAGGCCACCAUCAGAGUUCCUCAUACGAAUCCAUGGGAGACACCCAGACAAGCUUUGGCGAUGGAUUUAGUUAUCCAAUCCGACAUUUGGAUGAAGAUGCCGAGUCAUUACUGGGAAGUGAAACACGAAUUGAUAUCGAAGGAGACCUCUACAAUGAUACCAAUUUUCUAGAUACGACCAUUCAAUAGAAUUUAAUUUAUUUCCCAAAGAUUGCAGCAAUUGAAAACCUAACCUAGUUAAGUUAGUUUUUAAAUUUAUUUUUUAACAAAAAUGUACUUUUGCGAACAAAAAAAAAAAAAAAAAAAAACAGAAAGACAAAAUAUUACAUUUAUAGAAUGUAGGCCUAGGUAUUUAAAAAAAAUGCAAAGUACAAACUAGAAAGGCAGUUCUAGUUUUAGAAUUAAAAAAACAAAACAAAAAUAUAUUUACUAUAGAAAAAUAUAAGAAAUACACCAAGUUAAUGCUUGAAAACAAUUUAGCAGUUGCGUGUGACUGAUUUUUUAAUAAAAUAAAAAAAGCUAAUUUAUUUAAACAAAAAAAAAAUUACUUUUUUGUUUUUCUUAUGUUAAAAAUCAUGUAGAUAUUUUAAGAAUUAUUUUAUUUAAAAAAAUACAUAUUUUAUAGAUUUAAAAAAAUGAAUCGUAGUUGAAUUUAUUAUUGUAAAUACGAAAAAAAAAAUAAUAAUAAUUUUUGUUUAGACCGAAUGCGCAAGCUAUUCAAACUAAAUUUGUAGCAAAGGUAGUAGACCGAACCGUAUUUUGUAUAAAUGAGAAAUUAAAAAUAGAAUAGUGUAGGUGUUAUGACUAUGAGUGUAAAAACUAGUGUAAGCAAUACACAAUUUUGUUAAAAUAUAAAUAUAUAUACAAAAAUUAUAUAUGAAAUAAAACGGACUUGGGUUUGUGUAUGUAUGUAUCGA